AUGUGAUGUGGGAGUGAGUGGGAUAAACAGGUUCAGUAUAAACUGACCGGAUACAGGGAUGUUCCUGUCUUUCUUUUGUCCAGCCUUUCCUGGCAGUGAGAGAUGAUGAGAGCGGAGGGCACCAAAUAAAUUGGAACUGCAGGGACGCUCAGAAUUGACACAAAUAAGGACUAGCUGUGAGGAUGGAGAAAGCUGCACUGCUGCUGUUGUGUUGCCUGGUCAUGUCUUUAUCAGGCUCCCCGCUCUACCCAUCCAUUAGGUUCGGCCAGAGGGAUACAUCCAUCCUGAUGACAUCUUCUAUUAGGAAUCCAGCAGAGCAGCUGGAGGAGGACACGGAUCCUCCCGGGGAGCGAGCAGAGUCACGCUCAGGACGCCACGCUGAUGCCAUCUUUACAAACAGCUACAGGAAAGUCCUGGGACAAAUCUCUGCCAGGAAGUUCCUUCAGACAAUCAUGGGCAAACGGCUGGGAGAUAAAAGUGAGAGCUACGUGAAACGUCAGUCUGAUAUCUAUGAAGGGACCUUUAAAGAAGAUCUCACAUCCAUCCAGAGCAACCACAGAUACAGAGGAGUGCACGGGAAUAUGAUGAGACCCAGACUGCUCAGUUGAGAUUGGUGGAUCGGACAGAUUAAAGGCUGCCCCUCCUCGACAACUUCCCUUUUCAUAACCACCACUGCUUGUUUUCUUAAACUUCCUCCAACCUGUUCUUUACAGAGGAAAAUGGUAUUGUCAUUUUUUUUUAUUCCCAUUAAAGUUGUGAAGAAAACCUGCAGCCCAGUUCAUUACAUUACAUGAUGGCACUGAGGAACUUUAAGUUGUGCACUCUUGCUUUUACAAAAGCUUGAGGAUGUAAAGUGUGUUCAAGGAGAGACACAAGCAGAAGUAUUGGUUUUUAAAGCGCUGGUCUAUUUUGAGAUUUGUGUCUUGUUUCGGACUAGUGGAAAGAUCCAGAAGACACUUUCAGGUGUUUCAUUUCCCAACGUGUCCAUUUCUUCAUGUAGAUUUCUCUUCAAUCAUUAGAUCAUUUCUCAUUUGCAUUUUUUCAGAAAAUGUGUAUCAUAUAAAAUAAUUUAAUUAAUGUAAGUAAUCAACUGGGUAGUGGUGUAAAGUACAAUGUGUGACAAAUACAACUGAG